AGGCAAAUCCUCGGUCAAAACUCGCUGCUGGAUUGUGUUGCUCAUCUCUUAGUUUAGACAGCUGUCACCUCGGCCUUAAUGUCAUCGGUUUUCUUUUUAUUCUUUGCAAGACAUUUGCAAUAAAGUCUUCGUGUCUCAAAAUGCCCAAAGGAGGUAAGAAAGGUGGCCACAAGGGUCGCAUGCGGACUUACACUAGUCCUGAGGAGAUCGACGCCCAGAUGAAGGCAGAGAAGGAGAGAAAAAAGGAUGAAGAAGAAAAUGGGGGUGCAGCUCAGACUGAAACACCAGAUGAGAAAUUACAAGCAUCAGGUUCAGAUGACAGUGACGAUGAAAGCUCCCAGAGAAAGAAGACAGGCGUGGAGGGCUUGAUAGAAAUUGAGAACCCCAACAGAGUCGCUCAGAAGUCCAAGAAAGUGACGCACAUUGAGCUAGAUGAGCCAAAGCAGUUGUCGAGGAGAGAGAGAGAGGAGAUUGAGAAACUGAAAGCAAAGGAGCGCUACAUGAAGAUGCAUUUAGCGGGAAAAACAGACCAGGCCAAAGCUGAUCUCGCCCGCCUAGCCAUUAUCAGGAAACAGAGGGAGGAUGCGGCGAAAAAGAAAGAAGGGGAGAAAAAAGCAAAAGAAGCGAAAGAAGCAGCGGCAGCGGCAGCUAAAGGAUUAAACUCCCUCUCGCUAAAAUGAGAGUAUUUAUCGGAACAAUUUUCCCACCUCUAUGGACAUAUGCAAUAUAAAAAUUCACUAUUUUUUAAAAGAUGUGCUAUAAAGAGUAUUUGACUUCA